AUGGGCAGCAAGGGGAAAAUGAAGAUGUGCGAAGUCUGCAAGAAUCUUGAUCUCGAGAACUUCGUCGACUACGAAGUACACAAGGUGGAAGGGGCGAAGAAACUCGAUAUACCGCGUGCAGAGCUUUUCAACAAUGAGCAGAGAGGAUGCGAGAUGUGCGAAAUCAUCACCAAAGCAAUCGAACUCGCUAGGAAGCCGACUAUCCUAGAUAAAUACAUACGGACUGUUCGAGCAGUUAAGUAUGAACCUGGAUCCAUUUCUCUUGCCUAUGUCAAUAGAGAUUCGGAAGAUGCUAGCGCCCGUUGUCAUAUAUACACGGUCCCUGGUACGUCGGCUUGUCGGAAAUGGCCGCAGAUAGGCUCCCGAUCUCAAGGAUCGAUCGACCAGAAUGCGGUGUCUGAGGAAACGUUGAGUCGAGCGUGUUCCUGGCUGAAAGAGUGUACAGAGCAUCACCUGGAUUGUGAUACUGUGCGAGAAGUCGAGUUACCUACGCGGCUGAUAAAAGUAGGAGGCACGGAUAAGAAACCCAGGCUGGUUAUCACGCGAGGCAUGCGAGGAAAAUACGCAACUUUGAGCCAUUGCUGGGGUGCAGAGGGAAGACCGCGACCACUUACCACGACCAAAGAAACGUUGGAUGAAAGGAUAGCUGGAAUCUCGUUCGAUGACUUGCCGCGAACGUUUCGAGAUGCAAUCGUUGUUACACGCGCUCUUGGUCUGACCUAUCUGUGGAUUGACUCACUGUGUAUCAUCCAAGACUCGCGGGAAUAUUGGGAGAAAGAGUGCAAAGAGAUGCAUAGUAUCUAUGCAAACGCGGUCAUCAAUAUCUCGGCGGAUUCAGCCACUGACUCUUCCAUGGGCCUUGGGAGGACGGGUGAUUUGAGUCCUUGUCUUGCAUCGUCACCGAUAAGUCGAUGUAAGGGUGUCCGAGUCUCCACUGGGGAACAGCCCAGUCUCGACGGCGAUUGUCUCUCCCACUUCAAACCAGUCCCAAAAAUUACACCAGUUAAAGAUAUCCAGCUACAACACGAAUUGCAAACCCGCGCUUGGGUACUACAAGAAAGAAUGCUUUCUCGAAGAGUCUUGCAUUUCUGCCACUCUGAGCUCGUUUGGGAAUGUGACACCCAUAUUACGUGCGAGUGUAGCCCUCAGCGUAGCGAUACUCGCCCUAACAACAUUCGACAGAUGCCCACUAGCGAGAUGUUGCAGCUGGAUACAAUCACACCAUGGGGAAAAAUCGCGAAUUUAUACUCUGCCAUGAAAUUGACCUUUGAGGACGAUAGGUCGAACGCCAUUGCAGGACUGGCUAUCGAGGCAUCGGAGCAAUGGUCCAUGACUUACAUAUCUGGGCUUUGGAAAGAACAGUUACCGCUCUGCCUCCUAUGGUAUUCAGUCGGUGCGGGACGGAGAACAAAAAUCCCUUGUCCUUCUUGGUCGUGGCUAUCGUUGAGUGGACCGGUGUGGUUCCGGCCAGAUUACAAACCAGAUGAUAAAUGGGCUGCUGACGAUUAUGAAUUCGUGGGUGGAGAGGAAGUUCGGAAUGGUGGCAUCAUACGUGUUAAGGGAGUGUUGGCCACAUUUACCUUCGACGACGAUGGUGAAAUCUCCUCGCAAACAGCAGAUGGGGAGAAGGUUGCUCUGAGGGGUCAGAUAAUUGCUGAUAUUCGAGAUGGCACGGAAUUUGCUGAUUCUCAGUACUACCUCCUAAGGGUAGUUUCGAGUGCGCGGACAGAUUAUUGUUUGGUUCUUCGAGAGGUUAAAGGGUUGGGAGAAGGGGAUGUUGCGGCUACUCCAGAUGGUGAGAAGCAGUUUCAGCGUGUGGGGUUCUUCCGGUAUUCAAAACCCGCUGGAGGCUUGGAUAUAUUUCAUGAAUCGAGCUUUGUUCUUGUAUGAUAUUGGGACCUCGACAAGUUGGUAUCCAGUAGUCUGGAACCAGCAAUCGCUCAUGUUUCUAAGGCCGAGAAUACCAACUGAAGCACGCUUUCCAACAUCGGAUACGCAGGAGCUGGUGUUUUGAAAAGUACCAACUUUGUUUCAGUGAGCCAACAUGCAGUAUUAGGUGCAGUAUGAAGGCAUGGAAGUGGAUUAUAUUGGAGGAUGGAUGGAGGCGGUGCUCUAGGUCGGCGGCUGGGGCUGCGCCUGGCGGUUGGAGAACCAAUCUCACGCGCAGAAAUCCUCGAACUGUGCAGUGAAGUACAUGGGUUUAGACGAGCGUGGUACUUUUGGGGGCUUGAGGCCAUGUAAGAUGUUGGAUGUUAGUGUAGUGGGGUAUGCGAGCCCGAACUCUACCCAGAUAGUUGGAUGGAGAGUUAUUUGAAGUGUCGAUGGUAGAGCGGUGAUUGAGCAAGCGGAAGUUGGAAGAUAGAGUCAUGGAAGAAUGCAGUCCCGAAUGCUACUCCAAAAAACAGGCAAUACACAGCGCGAUGAAAUUUUCUACCUGACUCGAGUUUUAUUUUUCCAGAACAGAAAGUUUGGGUAUAUACCAAAUUGCCAUUGGACACUUCCGCGAAAUCAAUCCUGCGUGGAGGCUCACACUGACAUCUUUCAGCCCCCACGGAUGAAUGGCUAGUGGCCACCCCAGCCCGGAUCACAGCGAAUGAGUGAUUGUUGGUUGUAUGUUGACUUCACGAUACUGUAGCUAACCCCUAUCUGAAUCUGAAUCUGAAUCUGAAUCUGCCGUAAGUUUUGUAAAGUCAAUCUCCUUCCGACUUCUCUUCUCUCCUCUUACCGCUUCCACUUGACAAAGUGGCAAAGUGACAAAGUGACAAAGUGACAAAAGUGACAAGUCUUUGCCGAGUCAGGCCUACCUAAGGUAGGUUUCCCAAGAAGCGCGAGGAGUCGAGCACUGCACUGCACUCUCUUUAGCGAGGGCGAUAGUUACUGUACUGUACUGUACUGUACUCACUCAGCUUUAGCCUAGUAGGUAGAUAACGAAAUUUAUCGUGCCACCCAAGAAAGAUACCAUCUAGG